AUGCUUUCUGCUGAUCGAGCUGAGCCGGAGCGAGCGAGUGAGCAGCCACGAAUCUGCAUUGAACAGGAAAAUUUUGUGCUUGAUAACGAUGUGGGUUUAGCUAAUAUUAGAGCAGAGUAUGAUACAAUUAUUGCAUUUAGUGUAACAAAAUGGGUACAUUUAAAUUUUGGUGAUCAAGGUCUUAAGCGAUUUUUUAAACGAAUUUAUAAAACAUUAUUUCCAGGUGGAAGAUUAAUACUUGAACCACAACCAUGGUCAAGUUAUCGACUUAAACGUCGAAUGACGAAGGAUAUUACGGAAAUAUAUAAUCGUAUAGAAUUUAAACCAACAGAAUUUGUAUCUUAUCUGCUUUCGGCUGAAGUCGGUUUCGAAACAUGCACUACAAUAGCAAUACCAAAUAAUAUGCAUAAAGGUUUUCAACGAUCGGUGUUUUUAUUUAUUAAACCGUCGAAUAAUCUUGACAAUUGA